UUUAAAGAUAACCCAAAUUCGAGCGCAUUCCUGCAAACAAAACAAUGCGUGCAGUGCGUGUGUAUUAGUGCAUGCAUCGCCCCUCUCUAUCUGCUUAUUUGUAUAUGUUUGUGUGUGUGUGUGGUUGCUGCAACUAAAAACCAAAAUUAAACAAAACAACAGAGAAUGGAAAGAAAAACUUAACCAAGCGACAAUGUGAUGCGAUGCAGCGAUAAACAAAAACAAAAGCACGACCACUGCCACUGCAGAAGAAGCAAAAAAAAAAAAAACGCGGAAAUGCACUUGAGCGCAUAAUUUUUAUAAGCCAAGCGACAAACGCACACUUAAAAAAAAUUAAAAUAAAAAAAAAGCAAAUCUACAGAAGGAAUACAAAUAGAAGAAGAAGCACCAGAAUUAAGAGUCAGCAAAAUAAAAAAAAAAAAAAAAGAUCAAGAAGCAGCGCUGCAGCGUCAACAAACACACGGGAGCGGAAGGGGGGAGAAAAAAAAAGAGAGCCAGAUACCUGCUAGCCUCUCUCACUCCAGAGUCGCUCUCUCUCUCUGUCACUCACUUUUUUUUCGGGCUCUCUUGUGAAAUAUGAGUGUGCGUGUGUGUGACCUACACUGAGCGAAAAAACACGGCGCCCACAAAAUGUUGCAGGCGGCUUGUGAAGCAACAACAACAACAACAACAACAAUAGUAGGUACAACAAACCAGGAUCAGAGUACGGAUCACAACAACACUGCAGUGACAGUGGUGGCAACACCGGAAGAGAAGACCCAACGGAGACGAUCGACAUUCUAUGUGCCGCUGGUGAUCGAGGACGAGGAGGAAGGCGAGGAGCAGCCCAAGGACCUGCCCCAGAAGUCGGCCAGCAACUCGAGCCUGAGCAGCAGCUCGGAGAGCAAGUCGGCCCGGAACUACAGCCUCCGGAAGUCGGGGAGUUCGGUGAAGAGCGGCGUGGCCAAGAUCAACGCCCUCUUCGAGAGGAAGUCAUCCUCGGCGACGCCGAAGAUGUCGCCACCCUGCGGCUUCAACUGGAGCAUCAGUGGCUCGGAGAACGCCGGCCAGUACUCGGACUCGGACGAGGACGAGGAGAACUCCUCGGAGGCGCGCCACCGGGAGCAGCUCCUCAAGUCCCUGCCCAUCGCGAGCAGUGCCGCCGCCGCCGCCAACUCCUCCUCCUCGCCCUCCAAACUGAAGCGCUACGGCAUCGUCCUCAACGUGAUCAGCCUGAACGGCAGUGACGGGGAAUCGGGAUCGGUGGCAGUUCCAGCGCUGCCGCCCACAGCGGCACCCCGCACCCACUUCAACGAGGACAACGACAUAGUCCUGGCCACGCCGCCCAAGCCGAAGGCCCAGGAGAGCACCGGCAUGGCCCACGACUACGACGAUGAGUCGGAGAUUAGUCGGAUGCAAACCAAUACCUCGACGCCGAUAAAGCUGAUGAAGUCCAGGUCGCGAACCAAUAUACUGGCCGUGCCGCUGCCCUCCGUCGAAAGGGGUCUGGCGUCAACGGCAGCGUCAGCAGUGACGUCAUCGCCGUCUAAUAAAAACACGACUACGACCACGACAACGAUUACACUCCGGGCCAAGUCGAAGACUCUGCCGCAGAACCUAUCGCCCUCAGUUGUACUGCGAGAGGCGGCGGCUCUGGAUGAGCUGGAGCGCAAGCGGGAAAGCCGGGAGAAGCACCACGACCACGAUCGCGAGAAUCGCGAAAAGCAACGCCAGCUGUUCGGAUCGGGACUAGUGUCCGGGUCGCCGUAUAAGCUGCAGAACAGCUCGUCGGCCACCUCCAUACUGACGCACAGCUUCCCGCCGAAGAACCUCUUCCUGCUGAAGUCGACGCCGAAGCUGUCACCGGACGUGGCAGCCGCGCCACCGCCCAUUGCGGCCAUCGCCUCGCCCCCCAAGAAGUCCCUCAGCUUCAUCCGGCGCGCCCACUCCACCAAAGUAUCCCGAAGCAACUCCCUCCUCAAGUCCGGCCAGAACAGCGGCCUCCAAGGGGGCGCGGUGUGCGGCAUCGGGGGCGGUAUAGCUGCUACCGGCGGCGCCAUGCACCAGGGAUCCCUGUCCAGCUGUGCGGGUGGAGGGGGUGGUGGCAGCGACAGCUCCAGCGGCUACGGCAGCUGGGGGAAACACUUCUACCAGCCCUACGACGUCUGCCCCCUGAGCCUGGACGAGCUCAACUGCUACUUCCAGGCGGAUCACUGCGAGGAGCUGAUCUGCGAGCGCUUCAAGAUCAAGGAUCUGGCCAUACACCUGGCCUCCACAUCCGUAUCCGUAUCGGGAGCUGGAGCUGGAGCUGGAGGGGAUCUCUCUGUCAACGAAACCGGAGAUUCAACGGCAACGGUCACGGCUGCGGCGGAUGACGAUGCAGGACAUCAUUCUGAUACUUCCUACGAGAAGGCUUGCCGCCGCGGAUCCGCACCCACAACGCCCAUCCUGGGCAGCAAACAGCAUCAGACGGAGCACAAUGCUACCUCCAGGUUCACAAAUUUCUUUUCCAAAAAGUCUAAUCCCCUGAAGCGGACCAAGUCGGUGACCAAACUGGAGCGCACCAAGCGCGGCUCUGGCGGCCUGAGGGGCUCCCGUUCCCACGAGAGUCUGCUGUCCAGCCAUGCCGUCAUGUCCACCAUUGAUCUCUCGUGCACGGGAGCGGUGGGCGUGGCACCGGUGCAUCAGUCGGUGCUGGGACGCAGGCACUGCUUCCAGGUGCGCGGCGGGCCGCGGGGCGAGCGGUACUACUCGUGCGGAUCGCGCCAGGAGCGCGACCUGUGGAUCUACUCGCUGCGCAAGUCGAUAGCCCCCAACGCCGAGCACACCCGGCGCACCGACAACUCCCUCAAGAUGUGGGUCUACGAGGCCAAGAACCUGCCGCCCAAGAAGCGCUACUUCUGCGAGCUCCAGCUCGACAAGACCCUCUACGGCCGGACCUCCGUCAAGCUGCAAACGGACCUGCUCUUCUGGGGCGAGCACUUCGACUUCCCGGACAUCCCCGAGAUCAAUGUCAUCACCGUGAACGUGUUCCGUGAGGUGGACAAGAAGAAGAAGCGCGACAAGUACCAGUUCGUCGGCUCCGUGAAGAUCCCAGUGCAUGAGGUGACCUCGAGGCUGCCCUGCGAGCACUGGUAUCCGAUACUGAGCGAGAAGGCCGGCGACAGCCUGGGACGGCAGUCGGGCGGCGGGGGCGGCAGCUCCAAGGAGAAGGAGCAGGUGCCGACGCUGCGGAUCAAGUGCCGCUUCCAGAGCACCGACAUCCUGCCCAUCAACAUCUACGCCAACUUCCUGGCCUACCUCAAGGAGAACUACAAGAAGGUGUGCGAGACCCUGGAGCCGGUCAUCGGCGUCAAGGCCAAGGAGGACAUUGGCCAGGCCCUCGUCCUGCUAAUGCACGCCCAGGGCUUGGCCGGCGCCUUUCUCACCGACGUGGUGGCCCUCGACCUGCUCCGUGUCGGCGACCAGCGACUGACCUUCCGCGGCAACUCGCUGGCCACCAAGAGCAUGGAGGCCUUCCUCAAGCUGACCGGCGAGCAGUAUCUCCAGGACACGCUCUCGACCCCCAUCUGUGAGCUGAUCCAGUCGGAGCGCGACUGCGAGGUGGACCCCACCAAGGCCACCGGCUCCUCGGCCGGAUCGCUGCAGCGCCAGCAGGCCGCUCUGCGCAGUGCAGUGCGGGGGGCGUGGCAGUGCAUCUUCGAGUCGCACAAGCACUUCCCCGCCCAGCUGCGCAACUGCUUCGCCACGUUCCGGGAACGGCUGCAGCAGCUGGGGCGCCAGGACAUGGCCGACAACCUGAUCUCGGCCAGCAUCUUCCUGCGCUUCCUGUGCCCCGCGAUCCUGUCGCCGUCGCUCUUCAACAUCACCAGCGAACUGCCGUCGGCGCGGGCCACCCGCAACCUGACCCUGGUGGCCAAGACCCUGCAGACCCUGGCCAACUUUACGCGGUUCCAGGGCAAGGAGAACUUCAUGGAGUUCCUCAACGACUUCCUCGAGCAGGAGGCGGGACGCAUGCAGCAGUUUCUGGAGAUCAUCUCCACCCGGCCGGAGCACCCUGCCCCCGAUUCGAUACUCGACUGGGCGGGCUACAUCGACCAGGGUAAGCAGCUGUCCAUCCUGCACAGCCUGCUGAGCGAGAGCCUGGCCAAGCUGCCGGAGGCCAGGCAGCACGAGCUGGACCCCCUGCAGCACAUUCUCGACGAGAUCACGCGCGCCAAGGAGCAGGGCAACCUGGGCAUGGCUCUGCCGGGCGGCUACCUGCCAGCCACAUCGUCCACCCACUCGAUAGCCAGUGAGAACCAGGAGAACCGCAAUCCGGGCGGCGUUGGCUCCAAUUCCGGAUCGGUUCCAGUGGCGGGCUCCUCCAAUCCGGAGCAGCUGAUGCAACAGCAGAGCCAGCUGGCGCAGCCGCAGCAUGCGAUCGUGAGCAAGCCACUGUCGGCGGAGAGGGGCAUCAUGAGGGGCGUCCUCACGCCGAACUCCCUGGAGAAGAACAUAUUCCGGUACAAUGAUCCCACCGUGUUUGGCCUGCUGCAGCAGGAGCAGAUGCAGCAGCAGCAGCAGCAGCAGAUGCAGAUGCAACAGAUCCACCAGCAACACUUCAACUCGCUCCUGUCCAACUCGCAGACCUCCAUUGCCGGCAACCAGUUCAUCAGCUCACCCGUCGGCGGCGGCGGAGGAGGAGGAGGUGGCGGAGGUGGCCUGCAGCACGCCCAGUCCCAGACAUCGAUGGCGUCGUCAUCCCUCAACGGCAGCAGCAGCAACCUGUUGCAUCACCACGCCCAGCAGCUGCAUCCGGGCCAUCACUGCCCGCCGGCGCCCCAGACCAGCGCCUCCAGCACCAUGGAGCGCAUGGAUCGCCUCAACUAUCCCAUGUACGGCAACAAUGGCAACGACUACGAGGCUACUAGUACUCCAUCCAGUACCCGAUCCAGGACACUGCCAAGGAAUGCCAACAACAUGGCCAACACCACCACCACUACCAACAACAACAACAACAAUAACAACAACCAGAGUGGCAGCUACGACGACAUGCAUGGGGAGUUCCAGAUCCAGAUCUCUGGCCUGGACACGAGCAGUGCCUUCGUCUGCAAGUCCCCCACCCCGAUGAUGAAGUCUAUGGGGGCGGCCGGUGGCCAGGGGGGCGGGGGAAGGCAUAAGCUUAACCUGGGCAUUCCCGAUCAUUCCGGGGGUCACUAUGCCCGCGGCAACAGCCUGAAUCCCAACUCGAAUAUGCCCAAGAAUCUGGAGGACCUGGACGAUCUGUUCAAGUACGCCGAGGAGCACGACGUGGCGGAACAGUCGGCCAUGGCCGGCCACCACCACCAGCUGCAUCCCAUGAGCCAGAGCCACCUGCUGAAGCCCCAGAACGGCAGUAAUCCCGGCAAGGAGCAGCUGUCCGCGAAGAGCAGCCACUGCAGCUCCGGCUACCAGAGCAUCUCCACCAAUCCGUCGCCCUCGCAGUCCUCCAGUCCCGUGGAGAGCCAGCUGAAGGCAGCGAUGGGUCACAUUGCGCCGCUGGCCUUCAAGAAUCCCUCUUACCAGCUGCAGCCCAACCAGAGCUCGACAGGAUCGACGGGAAGAGGCAACGGAGGAGGAGGCGGUGGCGGUGGUGGGGUAGUCUCUGGCGGCAAUCGGGAGCAGUUCUCUAGCCAGCGCUUGAAGCCCCUGGGCGGAGGUCUGGUGGCGGCCCGGGCUGCCUUCUUAAACAGCGGCGGUACCCUGGACGCGGCCACCCUGACGCCCAGCUCCUCGGACGAGCAACUCUCGGCGGACAACUACUACACCUAUGCGGCGGCAGCGGCAGCCGGUGCUGGCAUGUCCGCCUCCAAGCUGGAAGCUCAGCGAUCUCUGAGCGGCGGCAGCAGCUCCUCCACCUCCGCUUCCACCUCGAAUCUGGGCAAGGCCUCGGCAGCCUACGGGCGCCUGAACGGAGCCCUCAAGCGGGAGGAUGUCUACGGCAGUGGCUACGGCGGGAGCAGCGGAAAUCUGGGCUACGGAAUGGCCACGCCCGGGGGCGGUGUCCAGCACCCGCAUCAGCGGGACAGAGAGCGCGAGAGGGAGAGAGAAAGGGAGCGCGAACGAGAGCGGGAGCAGGAACUGAAGCAGUUUGGAGGCAACGGAGGAGGCAGUGGUGCCGGCAACUCGGCGGCCCAGCGGCGUCUUAGCCUGGACUCGGCACGCACGCUCUCGGACAGUAGCACGGAUACAGAGGGACACUGCAACCAACUGCAGGAGGGAAAACGACGUCGCCACCUGCGCAGCAGCGGCGGCAGCAACGGGGGCGGAAGUGGCGGCGUUCCGGGCCAGGAUCAGGCCGGCCUCAGCAAGGGCUAUGACCAAAACGGAGAGAUCCAGCUGCUGCAGCAGACGCUGGACACGCUCCGGCACACCCUCGACCGGGACGAGGCCGAGCUGCGUGACUCCAGUGACGAGCUGUUCGGCUUGCAGCGCCCGGCCGGACAAAAUGGCUCCAACGGAGCCAACAACCUGAGCCUACAGUCCGAGUCCACCAUGCGCAGCAUUAUCGACAGACUCAUCACCAUGGAGGAGGAACUGCGUCGCGAGCAGCUCAAGAUGUCGCUGGCACUGUCCCACAAGCAGCGGGUGAUCGAGGAGCAGGGCCAGCAGAUAGCGGCACUGGACGCGGCCAACAGCCGGCUGUUAAGCGCCCUGACCGCCCUGCGGCAGCGCUACGAGACCCAGCAACAGGCCCAGCAGCAGCAACAGACCCAGCAGCAGCAGCAGCACCAAGCACCACCAAAGAAAUAGAAGACCAGGAAGAGCAGGGAGAUGGCUCCAUAUGUGGAGCAGAUUACGAAUAAUUCGGAGACCAAGAAGAAAUCGAAAGAAACCCUUUUUGACGGUGGCAUCCAAAGAUGCCCACACACCAUUUUCGGGAGCGAUGUCUUUUUGUUUAUUUUUUUUUAGCUAUUUUUUUUGUAUGCUACAUAAAUUAUACUACAUGUUUAAUAUAUAAAUUGCACAUAACAUACACAACAUAAAACUAUGAAUAAUUUCUCAAUCUAUGCUAUAAAAAUGUGAAGAGCUAAGCCCAGAGGUGGCACUAUGAUGAUAUAAUGUAUGAUUCUUGAAAGAUCGGAGCAUGGCAGAACGAAUGAUAGAAGCAAGAACAAGUUAAGAUAAUGAAUAAAAUUAUAACCAAAGUUAGACAAAAAA